CUUUUUUCCAGCUCGGCGUUGCGAUGCAGCAGCAGUGAGUUUGGCGUGUCUGCCUGCGAUGUUACGGAUGAAAGUCGUUGCACAUUUGUGUUGACUGAUUUAGGAAAUAAACAAUGCAUUUCUGACCGGCAGAAGUCGAAGAUAAACACUGGAAUGAACCUGCAUAAGAUACUUCACAGCAACAAAUCAAACCUGUUUGGAGCUAACUUCUUCCUUUCUUCUUCCUGAUGGAAGUUGACAACUGCUUCAGAAACCAUCUGGAUUCAAGUCCCAAGGAUUUGGUUAAGCCAUUGAGUUUUGUCAUGGAUGAUCGUGGAUCUCAGUCCCACAUGAGAAGCUCUGCUUUGAGGGUGUCAGCCAAAAAUAAAGCCCCGUCCCCACCAGGACUGAAGAAGCUGGAUUCUUCAGGUUUCUCCCAGUGGCACCCAGGAAACCCUCAUUUAACCAUGGACCAGAAGGAGAACCUUAUCGAUAAAGAGCUUUCUCUCACCGUGGUUCUGCCUGGAGGAGUGGAAAAGACGACGGUGGUUCAUGGAAGUAAACCCCUAAUGGACCUAUUAGUGACGCUUUGUGCCAAGUAUCACCUGAACCCGUCGAGCCACACUUUAGAACUGGUCACAUCCAACAGGAACAACGUCAAGCUCAAGCCCAAUGCUCUCAUUGGAACGUUGGGUGCAGAAAAGAUCAUACUGAAACCUAAAGGAGAGGAUGCAAACAAGAAAACUGGUCCCCAGAUGCCCGAGGCUACGGUUCGGAUGGUGAUAAACUACAGAAAGAGCCAGAAAACGAUAUUGCGAGUAAAUCCUCGAGUCCCUCUACAUGAACUCUUACCGGCAAUAUGUGAGAAAUGUGAAUUUGACACUGAGACUACAGUUCUGUUGAGAGAUGUCACGUCACUGGCCCCGUUGGACUUGUCCAACACUCUUAAUGAUUAUGCAAUACGGGAGGUUUACGCAAAAGACACAAAAAGACAAGCUGCUUCUCCUGUGCACUCGAACUCACCACCUUGUUCAGGAGCAGUAACGCCAAGCAAAGAUAAAAAUCAGAAAGAGAAAGAAAAUAAAGGCCGUUUCAGCAUGUUUAGAAAAAGCAAGAAAAAGGCAGAGCAGCCAACAACCGCCAGCGCCCCUGCUUCUCCUGUCCUCGUCAGCAAACCCCGACCUCUCAGUGUGGCUUUACCCAUCUCGGAUUCAGCCUCUCUCGGCUCUUCCAUGUUCGCCGAUGUGCCAAAGAAGAGACGUGCGCCCCAACCCCCGGUCCUUGUGUCGCAGAGCUUUCGCUCAGACUUUGGCGCCCGCCGGAGACUCCACUCUGAGCCCAACCCCCUUCCUGAUGAUCAGGUGGCUGGUGUAAGUCGUGGGUCCUCAGCUGAGUCUUCACUGAGGAGGACCAAACGCAGGGCUCCUCCACCCCCAAGUUCUCCGAGCCCUGUUCUCCAAGAAACUAUUUCAGAAGAUUUGCAAGUGACUGUGGCUGCUAACCCGCUACAAGAGAUCAUGGAGCAGGAGGAGACCAGCGCGUCUGUAAUAUCUGCAAUAACUGCAGCAGCUUGCAGUACCCAGGAAGAGAUCAGUAGCCUCAACGUGUCGUCUGAAGUCUCAUUACAUUCACCUUCCCCUGAUAUUGGGUCUAGGAGCACAGUGGAGGAGAUUGGGGAAGAUCAGUCGCCUGAUCUGUCCUCAGAUGGCAAUCUUCUGGAAAGCCUUGUGAAUGGUUCUGCAGCUUUGAGUGAAAAUAAAAUUGAUGUCGCAGACGCUCACGAACUGACAGUUACCAAUGGUGAACCACUCAAAGAUAGCCCACAGUCCAUCUGUGAAGAGUCUGCAGCCGAGAGCGCUGAAAGGGAUUGUAGCGUUGGCGUCCAAACUCUGCCUCAGACGAAGGAUGAAGAAGUGCAGGCAAACACCGAAACCCUUCAAGAGCUGACUGACGGCGUGGAGAGUUCAGCCACCAGCACAUCAUCUCCCACCGGAGUAGGCGCUCAAGUGCAAACCGAUUCCACAAGUUUCUCCGAGCCUCCUCCACAGCAACACGAGGACAAAGUUCCUUCAUCAGCACAUUCACUCGCUGCACAAACGGUGGAGAAAAAAGACACGGCCACUCUGACAGAGGAGCUGGAACCAUCUGACCUGAAGCAUGCCUCGCUCCAAACUUCACCGUGCCAAGACUCGACACCAAGUGUGCCUGCUACUUUGAAAGCACCGCCUAUGUACGCCACAAACUCUGAGCCAAAACCUAAACCUUCCAAUGAGCUGACAAGGGACUACAUCCCCAAAGUGGGGAUGACUACAUACACCAUUGUGCCUCAGAAAUCUCAUGAGAAACUGAGAUACUAUGAAGUUGCACUGACACUGGAGGCUGCUUCCAAAGCUCCAGAUGGCCUUGAAAUUGGUUCUCUUGAUUUAAAUGAGGACACAGGACAGAUUGGUGACUCAAAAGAGAAAUGCGAGCUAGGUUCUAAUUUACCCAGGGAUGACUUGAUGACUAGCACAAUAACCACUACUACUACUACUCAACACACUGUAAAUGAAAGUAUACCUACAUAUUCUUCUUCACCAAUAACUUUACACAGCCCAGACAAUGUCCUCUCCGCCAAUCCUGUGUCUCCACCAGGUUCGCCAGCAGAGGUCAAGGAAAUGAAAAUUCCACCCGCAACCAAACCCAAGCCUGCUUCUAUCCACUUGGCCCAGCACAAAAAAAGACCUGGAUAUUACGUAACUUCAGCUGCUGAGAAAAGCCUCAGUGCCAGUCCUGGCUCUGGGCUCAAGGAGACUGAAGGGAGUGCAGAAGGAGCAGCGCUGCCAUCCCCUCCUCCUCUUUCUCCUCCUUUUCCUCCACCUCCUGUACAGUUUCAAGGGGAGGCAGCAGAGGCCACUAAUGUUCUGUUGAGCCCCCAGCAGGAGGGCAAGAAUGCAUACUCAAGAAUGACGAGGCAAAGCAGCCUGCCUUCUAGAGAGCCCAGCGCAGGGCUAAGCUUGGAAAAAUUAAGAAGCUUUGCAGCGCCGAGACCAUUCGCUCCGACAACGCCUUCCCGCUUCGCCCAGGCGGUGUCCUCGGCUGUGAAACGGAGCCAGUCUCUAUCCCACAGGCCAAAGUUGCCUCCCUCGUCUGCGUUUCCACCGGCCUUUCCAAUUACAAGUCCGUCAUCAGUCUUGGAGUCAGAGGGAUUAUCCAAGCUCGAGAGUGAAGAGGGUGUUCAGAGCAAACCGUAGCUGUGCCGUUAAUCUGAUGACAUAUCAGCCACAGUAAGCCAAAACCAGCUCUUUACAAAACCGUUUUGAUACAUUUUGACACCAACAU